AUGAGCCAUCAUCAUCACUUAUCGUUUAAAAAGAAACUCAAAUCAACGCUUUGCAUUGCGGGCGGAUGUUUCGGAACAACCAACCACCCCCAAAGUCUCCCUGAGCAACCAUCAUCUCCGACGAGUCCAAACGAGACAUCUACACAAAGCCCAACCAAGACCAAAUCUCCUAGACUUGCUCGGACGCUGUCCAAAUCGCACGAAAAAUGCAAAAGUCUGAUCCAUAGGAUCGGGGAAGGUAAGCACGUACGACGUCACACGACGGAUUUUCAUUAUGAUCCGUCGAGCUAUGCGCUAAACUUUGACAGGGGAGAAGAGGAUGAAAAUGUCAAUCGUUUUCCACUUCACAAUUUCUCCUCUAGGCUCCCUCAUUCACCACCUUCCUCUACCACGUCGCCUGGAUCCUCCCUCGCCAUCCAUAACCUUUUGCGGUGA